AUGUUUCGCCACGCUGGAUGUCGACUCGCGGCGAUGUCCAGCGCUUUUUCUUCUGCCGCGUUCACUGGCAAUGACGACGGCUCCUAUGAACGGUUCCAGGAAGAACGCCAGCGCCUCCAGCAGGAAAAUACCUACACCCCCUCCUCUCGCUCUUCAGGGUUGAAUACGAGCCCCUUUAUCAACGAUCAUUCCUACGAUCACCUAAAACGCCCCACCGCGGAUACGUACCGUGCGAUGUCCGACGAUGAGUUAGUUGAGCUUUUGAGGACUCGUGAAAGGCAGGUUCACCAGCUGCGCUCGAUCUACGAAAACUUUCAUUAUGAGGCGGAUAAGCACUUCCGGAAGAUGGUUUUUGACUACCACGACAAAACGCUCCAGCUCAGCCAGGUUCAUGGCAAGAUGCAGGAGGUGUCCUUUCAGAUCAACCGCGAGGUCCUCAAGCAGCUGCGUGAGGAGCAGGAGACGUACACCCGGGAUACCCGCAUGGCAUUUAUUUUUUCUUCCAUUCUGACCUUUUGGUUUUGGAUUUGGGUUCGCCGGCACUACAUCGCACUGAAGGAGCUUGAGGAGGACCCGGACGCGAUCCAGCGGGCGGCCAUGGCCCCUUCAGUCACCGGCAUCGGGUCGUACUCGUGGAAUUGUUUUAGUAGUUCUAAGCGGAGCGCGCGGAGUAGGGAGACGUCCUGGGAGAAGGAGGUCCGGGAGUCGCGCGAGAAGUCUCGGGAGGGGAUUUUGGAGAAUAAAUUGAAUCCCUAG